AUGGCUCCAGGAAGCUACAAAUUGGCAGAAGUACUGGUUGUUGCUCAAACGCAUCCUUUUUACAACAAGCAAAUUUCGUACCCUCCCAACUCAGCUACAAUAUCGAGGUAUCAGGAGCUGGCCAUUGAUCAUAAAAAAGAUUUCGACUUUCAGCGGCAGCCAUUGCUUGAUAAGAAGACACUAUACAACACAAUCGCACGACUCACACAUGAUGUUAAUCCGCAGAAUACAUAUCGACAAGCCUCAUAUAUGAGCAUAACUGGCGGUGGCUCUGGCGGGGUACCUAUGAUGUUUGCCGUGGAUGUUCAUGAGAAUCGUCGACAGCGAGCUCAGAUGGGAGGAUUCCUCAGAUUGUGCGGCGUCAUUCAUCCCGCAGAUGUGGUGUUAUCCACUCAUUUCUCGGGAGGAUUCUAUAGGUCACUCGAUCUCACGACAGAAAUCAUGGAAAAUGCGGGGGCGACUGUCUUCAGUGCCGGAAGUUAUAUGCCGCAUAUUGAAGUUGUCAUGGCUCUGGCCAAUUAUCAUGUAAACGUUCUAACUGGCGAUGGGAGUCAGGUUAUUCAGAUCGUUCAUCAGAUAUCUAAGCUGUCUCAGGAGGAUCGCAAGCGCAUUGUUUUGAAUAAGAUCAUCUACACCUCGGAACCUCUCACUUGUCCUCAACGAGUAUUCAUCAAGACCAUUAUAAGUGAUGUUAGGAUAUAUUCCAUUAUGGGUAGUGCUGAGGCAGGCCCUUGGGCAAUCAGCAGUCCCGAUCUGAUUGGGGAGCAAAAUCUUGCUGGCCACAGCACCGACUUCAUUUUUGACACGAGAAGCAUGAUGAUUGAGAUAUUUUCCUCAUCCGUCCUGGAUGGUGCAACUUCGCCCGACUCUCAAUUGCUUUCUGAAGGGGAAACGGGCCUUAUGGUGCAGACCUCACUUCAAAGGCUGCGAAAUCCAUUGGUACGAUACAUUUCUGGUGACGUUGGGUCCAUUCAUCCACUUCCGGAAACCGCUUAUGCAGUGAUCCCUGAAGCGGAUCAGAAGCAUCUUCGAGUGUUACGCAUGCAUGGACGUGAUCAUCGCUUCAGCUUCAAAUGGUACGCUGUUUAUUUUGAGUUCUCGAAGAUUGACACCUUCAUGCAGGAAACGCAAUUUGGCAUCUUGCAAUGGCAAAUAAUUUUGGAUCGACUUAUCGACACACCACAGUCAACCUUGGAAAUUCGCUUGCUGCGAUCGCCUCCACGAGAUGGAGUUGUGUCUGAUGAAGCUCUCAGGAAAUUUCUGGAAUCCUUUUUUGUCGUGUUACCAGAGAAUGAACACCUGGUACAAAUCCUGUUCAUAGACAGUCUGGAAGGCUUUGAGCGAAGCGGUACCUCCGGAAAGGUUAUUAAAUUUGUUGAUCGGUGGAAUUGA